AUGGAGGCCGCCUGGCUCGGAGCCGCCGAGGUGGUCGAGUGCUUCCUGGAGAUGGACGCCAAGGUGGAGCUCAAGGACGGGCGCGGCUGCUGCGCGCUGAUGCUGAGCGCUUGCUGCGGCUGUGCCGAUAGCUUCCGGCAGCUGCUGCCCUGGUCCCGAGGACUGCUGAACGACCGCAACGAACAGGGAUACACUGUCUUAAUGAUGCUGGCGGAGCGAGGUGGCCAGAGAGGGAUAAUGGCGCACAGAUGCCUGCAGCUUCUGCUGGAAGAGGCGUCUACCUUGGAGCUGAAUGCCAGCUGCGACGCGGGCACGGCGUUGAUGCUGGCGGUGAGACGGGGCUGCCUGCCCAGCGUGGAGGAUUUGCUGGCUGCCGGGGCAGACACGGGUUCCGCAGCCUCUGGGGGCGAGACGGCCAGCUCGCUUUGCUCCCUUUGGGGAAGUCGGCCCACGCUGUACCGCGCGCUGAGAGGGCUGCUGCCGCUGGAUGCCAAGGAGACGUGCUUGGUGCUCUUUGACGGUCUCCUGGCGCGACCAGUGCAGCGGGUGAGCCGAUGCCUGCCAGUUUCAGGCCUGGAGGUGAGCAACGAGCAAAGUCUGACUGUGGAGUUUGAGUCCAUGCCGUACUGGAAAUGGAAGCGCGCGGGGUACAGACUUCACAGCAGCGACAUCUUCCUGCAAGAGCACGAGGCGUGCGUGCACGAGCGGGAAGUGCAGCGGGUGAACGGCUUUGAGUGGCAGGGCCAGGAGCUUCUUCCUGAUGAUCUCAUCAAGCUCAGGGGCGUGAAGCACGUGCGGCGCUUGGAGCACUGGCUGCAGGAGGGCUGGGACUUGGUGGACGGCAGAUUCCGCACCUCGGGCGCGCGCCGGAAGGUGGUGGUGGAGGUUCUGGAGGAGCCGGUGGAGGUGGGAGAGCUGCAGGACUUUCUGGCUACCUUCCAGUGA